CUCUCUCUUUGUAUUUGUUUUUAUAGAAAUGCUCAAUAUCGUGCCUUUUAAGGCAACUGUUGCUUUAUCAGAAUCAUCACAUCUCUUAGCUCAAUAAAGAUCUCUAUUACACAACACUACACCAAUCCUAUGUUUCCUUAUUUGUUCUUCUUUUUGUCCUUUUCUUUUACCAGAAUUUCUUCCUUGAUUCAUGCUAAAUCAUUUUCCCAACAUUCAUUUCUUUGUUCUUAUAUGGAACAAGACAGCUAACAAAAGAUAUUAUUAGUUCUAUAUAAACUUAUACAUACAUAGAGAUAUCGAAUUGUUUGUGUUCUUCAUUCAUUGGAUAUCAAGAAAAUGGUUUGGUUUGUGAAGUUUCUUGUCUUUAUUACAUUACUUGUCUCUUCAACAAUUGAAUCAGCUCCUGAGUCUGCUCUUAUUACAAAACUCCCUGGCUUCGAUGGUUCUUUCCCUUCAAAACACUACUCCGGGUAUGUGACAAUAGAUGAGAAACAUGGGAAGAAUCUAUGGUAUUACUUUGUUGAAUCAGAGAAGAAUCCUUCGAAAGAUCCGGUUGUGUUAUGGCUCAAUGGUGGUCCAGGUUGUUCAAGCAUGGAUGGAUUUGUGUAUGAACAUGGUCCUUUUAACUUCGAACUACCGAAGAAAAAAAACACUAGUCUCCCUCUCGUGCAUCUUAAUCCUUAUAGUUGGUCUAAGGUAUCUAACAUCAUAUACCUUGAUUCUCCUGUUGGUGUGGGGUUCUCUUACUCAAACAACGAAUCAGAUUAUGAAACUGGUGACACGAAAACCGCGGUUGACUCUCACGCGUUCCUCCUCAAAUGGUUUGAACUGUUUCCUGAGUUUCAAUCUAAUCCGUUUUACAUCUCCGGGGAAUCUUACGCCGGAGUCUAUGUUCCUACUCUUGCUUCAGAAGUUGUCAAAGGGAACAAAAAUGGGGUAAAGCCAGCUCUUAACCUCAAGGGUUAUUUGGUUGGAAAUGGAGUUGCGGAUGCAAUAUUUGAUGGGAAUGCUCUUGUCCCAUUUGCACAUGGGAUGGGACUAAUCUCUAAUGAACUCUUUGAGAGCGCGACAAAAGCUUGCAAUGGAAGUUUCUAUGAAAUCAAUGGACCUGAGUGCGAGGCAAAAUUGAUAAAAGUUAAUGAGGACGUUGACCAGUUAAACAUAUACAACAUUCUUGAGCCUUGUUACCAUGGAACAUCGCUAUCCGCUUUCGACAUUAGAUCGCUUCCUUCAAGUCUACUUCAGCUAGGCAAAACCGAAAAACGGUUAGCUAUAAGAAAAAGAAUGUUCGGUCGAGCGUGGCCAAUUCGUGCACCUGUUCGUCCAGGCAUUGUCCCUAGCUGGUCUCAACUUCUUGCGAACCUUCGUGUUCCUUGCAUUGAUGAUAGAGUUGCAACAGCUUGGUUGAACGAUCCAGCGAUUAGGAAAGCUAUUCAUGCUAAAGAGGAGAGCGAGAUCGGAAAAUGGGAACUCUGCACUGAUAAACUCGCAUUUUCACAUGAUGCAGGAAGCAUGAUCCCAUUCCAUAGAAACCUCACUUUAAGUGGAUAUAGAGCUCUUAUUUACAGCGGGGAUCACGAUAUGUGUGUUCCAUUUACUGGCUCUCAAGCUUGGACAGAAUCUCUUGGGUACAAGGUGACUGAUGAAUGGAGACCAUGGAUGUCAAACGACCAAGUCGCGGGGUUUACUCAAGGAUAUGCAAACAAUCUCACAUUUUUAACCAUCAAGGGCGCAGGACAUACCGUUCCAGAGUACAAACCGCGCGAGGCUUUAAACUUCUACAGCCGGUUUCUCGCAGGAAGCAAGAUUUAAUUAAGAGAUCUGUGUUUAUGAGUUUCAUGUUGUGUUGUAUUUAAAAGUGAUCAUAUUGUAUCUUCACUGAUUUGAAUAAAAACAGAUAUGUUCUUAAGCUCA